AUGCCUUCGCAUGUUGUGUUUUCCCCACUCUUGAGAUGUGCGGGCAUCGGUGCAUUCUUGAUUUGUGAAAAAAGAGACUUCGAGCGCGCUUGGCCGCCGCCCGAGGGAGCGGCGAAGCUCCGGGAGCAGCUCGUAGCCAUCGAAAGUCGCGUGCGCGAGCUCUUCAAGCCUUUGCACCUAACAAAGAAAAAGGAUUCCAAGGAGGAGGGGGCUCCUGCCCGUCCUCCGCUGCCUCGCGGAGCUUCUGCUGCAGGGGCCACCCGACGAUCGCCGAGGCAAGCGGCAUCGUCUCCAAGGCGCCUGCUGAUGACACGAUGGCUCCCGAAUAAUAAAUCCCGGAGACUACAGUGCAACCGCGGCUGA